CCACGGGAUUUUUUUCGUUUGCGCGCCUUUCUCGAAUCAUGUGUUUCUAUAUGCGAGCGGAGAUUCAUUGAUCGAAAAGGCAUGUGUUGAUGUUAUCGUGAGUGCAAAAGUGCAUCGCAUUCUUCAAGAAAUAUGGAUGCAGUUCCAUUGCCGGCCGCUAUGGCAGAAGGGAAUGGGGAAAUAAAAAUGGAAGAAAAACAGUCUAAAGAGGAAAUGGAAUAUGUAGAAAGAACAGAAGAUUUUUCUAAACUAAUUCAAUACGGACUGGACGAGAAAGUAGCUGCAAAACUGGAUGAAAUUUACAAGACAGGAAAAUUGGCUCACGUCGAUUUGGAUGAAAGAGCAUUGGAUGCAUUAAAAGAGUUUCCUGUCGACGGCGCGUUAAAUGUGCUCACACAAUUCCUGGAGUCAAAUUUAGAACACGUAUCAAAUAAAUCUGCAUACCUUUGCGGUGUUAUGAAAACUUAUAGACAAAAGAGCAGAGCUGGUCAAGGUACCAGUACCAGUACCACUCCAAAAGCACCGGAUGAGGAUAAAAUAAAGAUGAUCCUCGAACGAACCGGUUACCCAUUGGAUGUAACGACAGGACAGAGAAAGUACGGCGGACCUCCUCCGAAUUGGGAAGGUCCUACUCCAGGAACGGGUUGCGAGGUGUUUUGUGGAAAAAUUCCAAAAGAUAUGUACGAAGACGAGUUGAUUCCAUUAUUUGAAAAAUGUGGAAAGAUUUGGGAUUUAAGACUAAUGAUGGAUCCAAUGGCAGGUUGCAACAGAGGAUAUGCAUUUAUCACUUUUACUAACAGGGAAGCGGCACAGCAAGCUGUUAGGGAGCUCGAUAAUCACGAAAUAAAACCCGGCAAGAAUCUGAAAGUAAACAUUAGCGUUCCUAAUCUACGACUUUUUGUGGGGAACAUACCAAAGUCAAAAGGCAAAGAGGAGAUCUUGGAGGAAUUUGGUAAAUUAACAGCUGGCCUGACCGAGGUGAUUAUCUACAGUUCACCGGACGAUAAGAAGAAAAAUAGAGGUUUUUGCUUCUUAGAAUAUGAAUCUCACAAAGCAGCUUCCUUAGCGAAACGAAGAUUAAGCACCGGUCGUAUCAAGGUGUGGGGCUGUGAUAUCAUAGUCGAUUGGGCUGAUCCGCAGGAAGAGCCAGACGAACAAACCAUGUCUAAAGUGCGUGUACUGUAUGUAAAGAACUUGACGCAAGAUUGUUCAGAGGAGAAGCUGAAGGAGUGUUUCGAAGAAUACGGUAACAUCGAGAGAGUGAAAAAGAUCAAGGACUACGCUUUCGUGCAUUUCGAAGAACGAGACAAUGCCGUUAAGGCAAUGAACGAACUAAAUGGUAAAGAAAUCGGAGGUUCUCACAUAGAGGUGUCGCUCGCAAAACCACCGUCUGACAAGAAGAAAAAAGAAGAAAUGCUUCGUGCCAGGGAACGAAGAAUGUUACAAAUGUUGCAGGGUCGGACCGGAGGGUCUCCGUCGCAUCCGAGUAUGAUGGGGGGCCCGAUGCCAGUUCGCGGGCCUGGCCAAGGUCCUCGUGGCACUGGUGCAGGUAUGCGAGGACAAAUGGGACGAGGCGAUUAUGCUCUCAUGGAAAUAGAUUAUGAUUACGACUAUUACGGUUAUGGGGAUUAUCGAGGUGGCUACAGUGAUCCAUAUUACGAUGACUAUUAUCGAUACGAAGAUUACUAUUUCGAUUACGCGCCGCCUCCGCCACCUGCCAGAGGGAGAGGCAGGCAGCCUCAACCGUUGCAGGGUUAUCCAAAUACCGUAAGAGAGCAUUGGGCACCCUGUGAACAUCAUUACGACUAUGCCAUCAUUACUUUAAUUUGACUGACUAAAGACUUGAUCUACCGACUCGACAGAUCGAUAGAUAGAUAGAUAGUUUAGGUAGAUAGAUAGAGCAGAUAAUUAGGACAGAAAAUAUGAUAGAGCGAGCGAGAGAUUGAGAGAGAUUGAGAGAGAGAGAGAGAGAGAGAGAGAGAGAGAGAGAGAGAGAGAGAGAUACAUAGGUGGAUCGAUUACAAAUCAAAACAGUUUUUUCUCUCGGCAGCUUUGCUAUGACGUUGUGUACAUGAUUACGCGCGUACCUCGACGUUUGUUGUGUUGUAUUUCUUGCAUCAUGGUAGUACUUUGUUUUCUUCGAAUUUCGUCGCUUUGAUGAGAAAUGAUAGUUUUUUCGUUUAUCAUAUUCGUUAUUUGUCAGCCGUGUACCCAAGUUUCUACGUGCCAAGUAGAAAACGGUUCCUGACGCGAUUCGUAUUCUGCUAUAUAUGUAUAUGUAUAUAUAUACUUUUUAAUUGUUAAAUUAUAUCGUUGAUCGACACGAUCGGAAACGACGUUCUUCAUAUGUCGCUUGGCCGUAGUUAAUUCGUUGCAUUCGCUUGUUACGGAAGAUCAUUUUUGAAAUCUCUGUUUAAUCUGUUUCGCGAAACCGAUAUUAUCUGCAUCCGUCGCAAGUCAUUCGUUGGGAAUGUUUGUUGCAUUAGAAACUUGUCUUCUCACAUUUGGUUUUUUGCGUGUGUGCGCGUGUGUGUCGAACGACCGAUGCUAAAGAACGACUCGUUUUUUUUUCUUUUUCUUUUUUUUUUUUUUUUCAUGCAGUCACCCGUGGAACGCAUUCGUACGAGUUCUCUGAUUAAUCCAAAUGGAAAUACUAGUCGUAAUUUAGAUCUAGGUUCGUUGAAAAAUAGUGUGAGAGAAGGUCUGUUCGAGUCUGACGAACUAUGGUCAGUAUUGUACAUUUGAGAUAAAUAAGCCUAGUCACUUUAAUAGUUUCGAUUCUGGAGUCAAUAAUAAUGGAAUCAUAAUAAACAUAUACGAAAAUAUAUGUGGAUUUAUGCAAAAUAAAAUAGCACGAUUAUUAAAAUAAUUCCAGAAUAUAUUCAAGACACAUUACGUAUAAAAUCAACAGUCUAUUCAUGUAUAAUACAGAGAACAACGUGCAAAUGUCGAAAGUCUCUCGAGUACGUUCCAGAUUAGCCGUAAAGUGAGAGAAGCAUAGCGUGCAUGUGUUUCGUUAGGUUUUGUACGUUUGGUCGCUUUCUGUGUAAAUAUGGGAGGAUGAUACGCGAAUAAAUUGAAAAAAAUUCGUCGAUUCCUCGCAUACCAGUCCAUGUACCUGUGAUAUAUUAUUAUUUCGAAUCGCGUUUCGGAGUAUAGGAAGAAAGGGUUUCUUGAGAAAACGAUGAGAGAUAAUGUUGGAUAGAAACGAACAGUUUCGAUACUUGAUCGCCUAGGGAAUUGUCUUGUGUGUACAUAGUCUGUGGAAUCGGGAGAGAGAAAGUUAUCUGUUAGUGUUAUUAGUAAUCGAUAGCAUCGAUAAUAAUAUUAAUUUGAUGGCUGUUGCUUGCUUCGGUGUACAAAGAACCGCUUACGCUUAAUACUACCCUGCUGCUGUAAUGCUGCGCCGCUUAUAUCUAAACCUUGACUUUGUUGAAUUUUGUUCUAGCUGACAGUGCAGUAGGUUGUGUCGCUUAAAAGUAACCCCGCCAACCCCGUACAGUUCGCUUUUCGCUUUACCACAUUGGAUAACUCUGCUAAUACUACUACUGCUGUCUAUACAAAAACAAAAACCAAAAACCGAAAUGUGGUUAGUAAGAUUUGGUUCUAGGUGAAUCCCUUCUGUUGCAUCGUUCUACUGUCUACAUACGUCUCAACGACGCGUAUAUAUAUAUAUAUAUAUACACACACAUACAUCAGCAUCUUUUCGCAUUCCCCAUUUACCUCCUAACAAAACUCCCUCUGUUUCUUCAUGUUUACUUUUCACGCGCAACGCACACUCUUUGCCUGUCCCUCUCUUUGUGAAUAAUGUCAAAAUAUAUAUAUAUAUAUAUACAUAUGUAUAUACAACAAAAAAUAAUACGUUACGUAUACGUACCGCGCAGUAUGUGUCUACGACGUGGUACGGUGUACGUACAGGGUGAGACAUUUAAAACAAAACACUUGCUUACUUUUGGUUGUAGAAUAUCGCUUGGUUUCUUGGCUUGCGUAAUCCGAUACGAAUAACUUGUUUGCAGAUGGAACUGUAGAGAAAACGCGAGCUACGACUUUGUUUUUAUUUUAUUUACAAUGGAAUGGUAUGUCGUGGCCAUGAUGAUUAAUGGGCAACUUUGGGGACCAUUUAAUCGUGUUUAUACAUAAUAAAUAGACUGCAGAUAUUUAUGCAUUUACGACAAAAAUGUAAAUAUAUAGAAAUAAACAGAGAAAGGUGUAGAAAGGUGUGCAUAUCAUUCCAUUAAAUUAACUGAACAAAGUUGGCCCUCGCAUCUCCGGUACAGGUCCGCUACCGCGUGCAAAAAAGGCUACCAACUAAAGAAACAUUGGCAAAAAGACAAACAAGAUUAGUUGGACGGAUUCUCUGUUAUCGUCAAGAGUAGACAAGCUAUUUUCAAAUGGCUCGCCCUGUCGAGUAUGUGUACAAAAUGUCUAAUAUGUAUAUAACGUGCGUGACGUCUCGCAACACGAUACACACACGCGAGCACAUAGUCUACACAAAUGUAUACUCGUUAUACAUGUUCGAACUGUACGUGUACAGUGUUUGUAUAUAACACAUGUAUAAUAUAUAUAUAUAUAUAUUA